AUUAGCAUUGACAACCGAAGCGCAACUUUUUUUCCCCAGGCAAAGUGAAAUCCAGCCGCGGACUCGGACAAAAAUAUAGUCCCUCUGAUUUCAAUUCUAAAAUAGCGAAAGAAAAAAGAUAUCGACAAAACAUAUCUAACACGUCUUCAAAUCAUCACUGGUGGAGUGUUUGUGUCCGAUUGGCGAGGUGUUUGCGCAGCGUUCGGAGCACUUUGUGUAGUGGCGUGAAGUGAGCGAUGAGUCUUGUUUCCCAGUAAAGAAGCGAGAACUUGCUUUUGGGAGCGCGAGGAGUUCUUCUUUCCCACUGUUCAUGUGGCUUUUUUAACACCAAAAAACCCAGCUCGGUGUACGGAAACUUCUCAACGCAUCGAAAGUGGAAGGAAAGUGAUUUUGAAGUCGGAACAUGGAAUUACAAGGCCUUCAAGAGGCGUUGAAAGUAGAAAUCCAAUGUCAUCAGGACGGAGAUCUUAAGAAACAACUACACGAAAGGCAAAGCAGAGUAACAGCCCUAAGCGAAAAACAAAAGCUAGCUGUAAGAAGUUGUCCUGUGGGGACGCCGGCCAAGCCGCUCUCCCUCAUCAAGCCUCCCAGCCAGAGCAUCGCCAUCUCUGUGGUGCCAAACAAGGCACCUGUUUCCAUGGUGACCGCACACAUUAAUGGACAAAAGGCGGCGAACUCUGACACGCUGCAGACGUCCCCCAUCAACCUUCAAACGGCCAACCGAGCACACAGACCGGGGGAGCUGUGCCAUUCACAGAUGCUGGGAACACUCACAGCAGUGCCCAUCAAGGUGCCUCAGGUCAGCUCUCUGCAUCGGCUGGCGGGGCAGUCGCCCACUGUGCUACCUCAGGUUAGGCCAAAGACUCUGAUCCCGGACAGCCUUCCCCACAGCCCGUGCCAGGAGCAGCAGUCCAGCCAGCCGCUGAGCCUGGCACGUGGUACUGCUGUGGUCAGCCCCAAACGCCAGGGACUUGGUACCUUCAGUCCAGAGAGGAUGUCCAGCAGCCAGGGUGAGAUCACGCCACCUCCCCUGCCCGUGCCCAGUGUCUCCACAGCCACAGCCAGCCCUGGUGUUGCGUAUGCCAUCAUUUCCGCCACCUCACCCGCAGCCAAUGGAGUGGCAGCCAUGAGCGAAGCAGUGAAAGUGCAACCUCUGAUCUUCAGCCCAGACAGCAAGGUGAUUAUAAUCCAGCCACAGAUCCCUGGCUGCUCUCAGGGUUCUCCAGGCCCCCAGGCUGAGAUACCCUCUCAGGAGCCCAGUCCUGCCCCCUCCCCCUCACACAAGCCCAAUAAAAAGGAGGAAGAGCCAGAGAAAAUUGCCUUCAUGGUAGCGCUCGGCCUCGUCACUACAGAACACUUGGAAGAAAUCCAGACCAAACGACAGGAGAGGAAGAGAAGAAGUACAGCUAACCCUGCAUAUAGUCUGUUUGAUCCAGAGCGCAAAAGGCUUGCAUCAAAUUACCUGAACAGCCCCCUCUUCCUGUCAGCCAGAGACUCUGAGGAUCUGUGUUGGAAGGAGGAGCUGGAGCAUGAUGACCAUUGUGCUAUGUGUAAAGAGGAAGGGAACCUUCAGCAGUGCCAUAGCUGCACCCGCGCUUAUCACCUAGACUGUUUAAACCCUCCGCUCAAAUCCCCACCCAAAGGUGUGUGGAUGUGCCCUAAGUGCCAGAAGAAGGUGCUGAAUAAAGAAAAUUUAUCCUGGCCACAUAAUUUUGUCCAAUCUUAUGUUACACACAAAACAGUGAGAGAAGAGGAGAAGAGAAGACUGAUGAGGAGGAACAGUGAACUGAAGAAAGAGUGUACGCACCUGAAAGAAGAAGAUCAGAGACUCAACAAAUCACUCUUGAAAUGCAGAGACAUGAAGGAGCGUCUGUUGAGUCAGCAGAGAGAGACUCAGGCGUCUCUGGAGCGUCUCCGAGCCCUAAUCCGCCUCAUCCAGCGUGAUCACAUGAUCCAGGUCACCAUGACAGCCACCACCACCACUUCAGGCGGAGCAGCCCUGCUCUCUCUGCCCUGGAUCAAACCAAGCUCCACCAGCAGCACCAGCAGCUCCACAGCAUCCCCUGCAGGGUCGUCUACACUGCUGCACAAGAGUAUGCUGCACUCACAGGGCAACAACUGAGCCCAUCGCAGGCAAAAACACUUUAUUCAUAACAACAUACGUGCAUUUUCUUUUACCACACAGCCCUUCCUGAGCUUAAUAAGAGAUACUCACAAAGGAAGCUGGAAACUGAAUUCUGGCCAACGUGGGUUUCCCCCCCAAGAGCUGUAUUGUCUUAAUGGAAAAAAAAAAUAUCAGAAAAUAUAAAGGAAAAAAAAUCAAUACUAACUACAGUAUAUUCUUAUUUCUUAAGUAUUUUUUAAACCCAACACCUACAGUGCUUAAGAGAGUUUUUUUUGUUUUCUUUAACUUAUUGUUUUUAAUUUACUAAAUGUUCUUGGCCUUAAUGUAUUUAUGACAAACGAGCAGAUCACCACGCCGUCAUGAAUACAGAAAUGAAGUAUUUUAUGCGGCUAAAGCCUUUUUUUUUUUUUUCUCUUAAAUUACAGUUUUCUUUUUUAAAAGGGGGGAUACUUGUUCUACAUAUAGCGAGAGAGCAAACAUUAGAGUAGCGGUAGUUAAUCGAGACCUAUGAGACAGAGGACUGUACAGUGAUCUAUUGGAGUCAGAAAAUAAAUCGUUCUCAUUCUCCUCAGAACAACAGUCGCCAUACAAAUUCAGGUGAAAAGGAGAUGGGAAAGUGGUUUUUGUUGUGUAAGUACCGACGAGCAUAAGAGCCUUCAAACAAACACACAAAAAAAGAAAAAAAAGGAGAAAAAAAAAAAAAGAGAAUAACUUUUUUUUUUCAGUAUUAAUAGAGUUGAGAUAAAGGAACAAAGUAUUUAAGAUGACUACAGAAUUUAGCAUUUCUAGUGGAAAAUUUAGUAUUUUCAUGCGGAUGCCUGUUCAUAAUUGUGAAUGGAAGUAUUGGAGAGAGGGGAUUGUUGUACAUACGUAUGUUGUAUUGUUAUAACAGGUCCUUCUGGUUUUUCUUCUGUAUUGUUACUCCAAUCAGAGCCUCAUCAAUGAUGUUUCUUUCCGUUUCUGUUGCAAUGACAACAAAAGUGGACAUUAGGAAGGGCCAUUCAAGAUCCAAUGAGUAUGUGCACCUAUUGUCAAACCCUUUCUUUUCUUUCUCCAGUAUAUAAGAUAUGCCAAAAAACCCUUACGUUUUUAAGCUGGGAACAUUCCCAUCUUUCACCAUUGUCUUUACUAUCUGUCUUGUCUGUAUUUGUAGUUUUUGCUUUAAUGAUGCCUUAUUUCCUAAUCGCCACAUUGACAUUAUGUACAAUUGAACAUAUUUUUGCAAGGACACAUCUGACUGGAGUUGUGUCUGUUUGGUUAUUUAAUUUUCUUAAUCUGUGAGAUGAUCUAAAUGAACACUGCCUCAAGAACAAGGUUAGAUAAUGCCAGGGUUUAUUAAAUAUAUCAUAUUAAAAUGAGAAAACUUACCUGGAAUUAAUUUUUUGAAAGGACAAUUUUGUGUCACCUUUGCUAGUCUGUCUUCCUGUUCUUCUAAAAGAUUUCUUAAGGUGCGCAGUUCUGACCCGGCCUGUGAGGCACGGCCCGUGCAGAGGAAAAACUGACCUGCCUUUGCUUUACUUCUUUAGCUAAUGAUCAGCGUUCAACCCCGGUCAGCAGGGUCUGAGCCUGAUCACGGUCUAGUGGAGCAGAAAUCACAGGUCACAUGGUCUCGAACUACGUUCAGCUAUAAUCACCAUCAAAGAUCAAAGAUUCCUAAAUAACCAUGGCAGAUAUAAAAAGACAAACAACUCAACACAAGACAUCCAGUAUCAUUAUCUAUUAUCAUUAGGUAAGGGCUUAACAGGUAUGUGGAUCUAUGGAUGAGGAAACAUUAUUUAAGUGCAUAUCAUGGAUUCCUAUCAAGGUCUGUAGCAUUACUGUGACUUACACAGUUAAAUCAGACCAGUGUGCACCAUCCAGAUCAGAAUGUAAGUAAUUGCAAGCAUAUCACCGACUCGUCCGUGAGAACCCCCACAUCAUACCGACAACCACAGGAAACUGCAGAGGCUACAUUAUAUAGAUUAGAAUCAAACCACACUGUAAACAGAAAAGUCGACAAUAAAAAAAAAAAGAAAAAGAAAAAAAAGCAAACGCCCGUAUCUGAGCUCUGUUCAGUGGAGUUCUGCCCUUCAUGCAUCAUAUGAGACAUGUCCCCACCUCCCUCACAGUCCACUCUCCCCCAUAUUCCAGAAUCUUCUCCGGGACAAACUGUGCCGUGCUUAUACAGAUCUAUUUUAAUACACUCGACACUACGUUGAACAAGAUGAAACUUUUUAUAUUCUUUUAUCAAUGAACGUGAGAAAGAAAAAGACAAAAAGAACAUGACAAUUUUUUAUUGUUUGCCAAUUAUGCAUUUAGCUUGCAAUGUGUGAUGUGUCUGUAUGCUAUGAGGAAAAGGUAGCAAAGAUAAAACUGAACUUGAAAAGGCAACAAGGCUACUGUUAGAUGGAGGUCGUCUUCGGACUGUCAGAAUAGUGUUUUUUUCUUUGUUAUUAUGGAAGGGGACUGUCCAGUGGAUAGUAUGUAUAGGAAAGUGUUUGUCUUACAUAUGCCAAUGUAGUUUUUUUUCUUUAUGAUGCAUUCAAAGUUGAUUGAUGGAAGUUGGUAAAUGGUAAAGAGUAGUCACACUUUUUUGUACCAAGUUCUUAUUGAAAUCUGAAUCAAUAAUAAACAUGGAGAAUUGGA